UUUUCUUAUUACUAUUUAAGACAUUCGAAUGAAGUAAUAAAAAUGAGUUGUUUGCUUGACAAUUACUCACGUGUGCUAUUUAGGUUUUAAAUUGGGUCGUUGCCUCGUUAAUCAGAAUUGAUCAACACUAUAAUUAAUAUUUUAUACAGUCUUUAACUUUCUUGAUAGGAAAAGAGGAAAAGUUUUUUUCAUUGAAAGCUCUUGUUUCAAUUUCAUUUUUGUCAUUUCUGGAAAGUACAUAAAAAGAAGAUAAUUUCCUUAUAGAAAAAUGAGAUCAUUUAUAGGAUUUUUAAUAUUUACGUGUGGAAUUUUCAAGUUAACUUGCAGUCUAGUAUGUCCUCCGUGUGAUGUCGCUGAGUGUUAUUUUGGUGUAAAGGAAAUAUUUGAUGAGCAGGGAUGUCCAACAUGUGAAUGCGUAACGUGCCUACCUUGUAUCUGUGAAAAGGGUUUCUUAACUUAUAGCGAUGAUGGUUGCCCUGACUGUUCCAGCUGUAUAACGACAGCAAAAGAAAAAUGUAGUGAUGUUCAAUGCCAUCCAACUUAUGAUAAAUGCUUUGAAGUUAACAUGUGUAACAGCUCACCUGAGAUCGAAGCAAACAAUACCAUUUCAGUAAACUCAAAUCGUAUGGAUGAGUGCAGACAGGAGGCAAGAUGUAUGCCUUUAUUCUUAAUGAACUUUUUUUGCGAGUUCAUUUGCACUCAAUGUUUUAGUUCACCUGACAAAUGUUCAUUUGCUGACGAAUGUAUUAGGUGUUCUAAAAAUUUGAAACAGUCUUGUAAGGAUAUUCAAUGCAAAGAAGAUGAACAUUGCGAAAUUGUUGGACUUCAAUGUCCACCUCAAGAAAUUUGUGAACAAAAGUUUAUAUGUGUACCAAAUUCUUGCUUUAAUCCACUGAGUUGUGGCCUCAGUUGUACACAUGGUCAUAGGAGAAUGUCUAAUAAAUGUAAAAGUUGUAACUGUUAUCUACCUACAUGUAACGAAAUAACUUGUAAAGAUAAAUAUGUAUGCGCAGAGCAUAAUGAGCAUAAUAAUCAUCUCUUUAAUGAACGGCACAAACAUGCAGAAUGUAUUCCAGCUUCGUGCGAUGUUGUUCACUGUCCUGACGGAUUUAUAUGUGAAAUGAGAGACGCUGAAUGCACUACUUUUCCAUGUAUGAAAAAACUUCCGAAAUGCGUUCUGGAAACCUGCGAAAUUAGGGAUUGCGGUAUUGGUUUUGAAUGUAUCAACUCUACUGACGACUGUUCUCGAUCAGUUUGCAGGAAAUGUGUACCAAUGCAAAGUUGCUCUAAUGUAUCGUGCCCGACAGGUUCAGUCUGUAAAUUAGUCAAACCAGACUGUCCAAAAUGUGAAUGUUCCGAAGGCAUGUCUCCAGAUUGUGUUCCUAACUCUGAAGGUUGUGAUGAAGAUUGCGAAAAGCCAUACAUUACUUGUAUACCAAACUGUAUAGCUGUUGAAUGUCCUGAGCAUUGCCCAUAUGGUUGCUUAAAUACACCGGAUGGAUGUCAAACAGAUAUUUGUACUCCCCCGGACGAUUGUGGACAGAUUAAAUGCGCACUUGACGAAUUUUGCCAGGUUACAACCCCUGAAUGCGAUCCAGGAGUUCCAUGUCCUUUAAUGAUAGCUACCUGUGAAAAGUAUUGCCCUGACCUUAACUGUACGACACUUCCAUUUUUAUGCUCAUGGGGACAGAAGAAAGAUGGUAAUGGAUGCCCAACUUGUGAAUGUAAUAUACCAUAUUCGUGCGAUCAGCUUAAAUGCCCCUUUGAUAGCGAAUGUACAGUCCUAGGAAAUGAUAUUUUUUGCCAAUUAUGUGGAAUUAUUGCUUGUUCGAAGGAAUGCCCACAAAAUCAAAAACGAAUUGUUAGUAAAACUGGUUGUUUAACUUGUGACUGCGCACCCAACAAUUUAUGUGAUAAUACAACGUGUUCAAUAGGACAAGAGUGUAUUGUUGAGAAAGUAGAUUGUAAAUCACAUUCAACUGAUUGUAAACCUUGGAAAACUAAAUGUGUAUGCUUUCAACGAGGUUGCAAUAAAUUUUGUGAGAAUGGUUUCAAAAAGAAUCCUUUAACGGGAUGUGAAACAUGCCAAUGUAAUGAUGAACUGCCUACUUGUGAGGAUAUUGUAUGUCCUAACGGUAAAAGGUGUGUUGUUGAACCUUCAUGUGUUGUUGCUGGUUGUACAUUACCAAAACCUUAUUGUCUUUCCAAUGAAUGUCCAGAAUGUCAUAAUGACUGUGGACUUGCAGGUAGACAAUUUGAUGAACGAGGAUGUCCCACCUGCGAAUGCAAUCCAACACAGCCAUGCGAGUUUUACCGUUGUAACGGUAAUUAUGAAUGUCUAGAAGUGAUUAAGGAAGGGCAAGUUUUCCGUUUCUGCAAAGGCGCCGAAAAAAUUGAUGUAACUCCCAUUCCAAUUGAUAAUUUAGAUUGAAUCAAAUAAAAAAGAUAAAAAGCAACUAUUUUUCAAUUAGAUUUACAGAUGCCAGUACAUAGUUUUUAUCUGACUAAAUAUACUGCAAUACCUCAUCAAUGAAUAAUAAAAGCAUAUUGUACUG